UUCUAUUGAAUAGAAACGCGCCUUAAAUGAUCUAGAAGCUGACUUCACUUUAAACACGUUUAAAUUUUAAACCUCGUUAAAUAAUGUGCGCAUAACCAUGAAUAACCAUUCUUACAGUAAAUAGAAUGUAAAAACAGUUGUAAAAAUUUUUGCUGAAACAAUUACAUGAAGCAAACUUUAAUCUUUGAAAAGUAUUAAUUGAACCCAUCAUGAAAUCUGUGUAUUCGAAACCACCUGUUGUGUCACGUAAAGUUGCAAGUCGACUGAAAUUUGACGAUGCACCCAAAGAACCUGUUAAAGUAUUUUGUCGUUUGAGACCCAUGGUCCAUCCUAAUGAUGUAUCCUGUAUAAAAAUUAUUUCUGAUACAACUUUAAUUGUUACACCACCAGAAACAGGGCAAACAAAUAUUCGCACCACGAAUAAAGUUAUUCAGACAUCUUUUAGUUAUGUUUUUAGUCCAAAUGCUUCUCAAAAAGAAGUAUUCGAUGUUGUAGCUUUGCCACUUGUUGAAAAUCUCGUUAAUGGUAAAAAUAGUUUACUCUUUACGUAUGGAGUAACUGGAAGUGGUAAAACUUAUACCAUGUCUGGCAAUCCAUAUGAUAUAGGCAUCAUGCCUCGUAGUUUAGAUGUCAUUUUUAAUAGCAUAGCAAAUUACCAAGCAAAGAAAUUUAUUUUUAAACCAGACAAGUUGAAUGGUUUUGACAUACAAAGCGAAGCUGAUGCAUUAUUAGAUAGACAAAAUGAACUUCAAAGACUGAUGCAAAAUGGAAAAGUUCCUAAAUUAUGCAAAGCUGAUGGUGAUGGUGACAAUAAUGGUGAUGUUCUAAAUCAAAGUAAUGAAUCUAGAACUUUAACUGUUGAUGAGGAUAAUGUAUAUGCAGUCUUUGUAACAUACAUAGAAGUUUAUAAUAAUAGCGUGUACGAUCUACUAGAAGAACACGACGGGAAAACAAAAACUUUACAGAGUAAAAUAAUACGCGAGGAUGGAAACAAAAAUAUGUACAUUCAUGGAUGUACAGAAAUAGAAGUAAAAAGUUCGGAAGAAGCGUUUGAAGUAUUUGAACGUGGUCAACGGAAGAGGCACAUUGCAUAUACUACUCUUAAUGCAGAAUCAAGUAGAUCUCAUAGCGUUUUUACUAUAAGACUUGUACAGGCACCAUUGGAUAGAGAUGGUGAACAAGUUGUUCAAGACAAGAGAGUUAUUUGUAUCAGUCAAUUAUCUUUAGUUGAUUUGGCUGGAAGCGAACGCACAAAUCGUUCGAAAAAUACUGGUCAAAGACUCAGAGAAGCAGGAAAUAUAAAUAACUCAUUAAUGACACUACGAACUUGUUUGGAAAUACUUCGUGAAAAUCAAACUCAGGGUACAAACAAAAUAGUUCCCUAUAGGGACUCAAAAAUAACGCAUCUGUUUAAAAACUAUUUUGAUGGCGAAGGAAGCGUCAGAAUGAUCGUUUGCGUUAAUCCUAGUGUAGACGACUAUGACGAAACUAUUCAAGUGUUGAAAUUUGCUGAAGUUAGUCAAGAAAUACAAGUUAUAAAUUCUACAAAUUCGAAGUUAGAUUUUGGAUAUGUACCUGGCAGAAGACAAGCUAAUAAAAUAUUUAAAGAAGCAAGGAACAGAUUGGAAAGUGCUGGUCAUCCAGAUGCUGCUAACUUAGAAGUCGAUUUAGGUUUAGUUUACAGCCUCGGAGGACCAUUUCCAGAAAUGGAUGUAACGAAUCCACACAAUGAUGAAAUAAUUACUACACUUAUGCACUUUUUAGAACUUCGUAUUCAAAAACGAAAUAUUUUACGAGCGGAUCUGCGACAAAAACAAACUAAUUUUAGAAAUCAGCUGGUAAAAAUGGAACGAGAAAAUGUAUCGUUGAAAAUUGACAAUUCUACGUUGAAGGCCUCAAAUGAUCAACAAAAAAAGAAAAUAUCUGCUUUGGAAGCACAUAUAUGUAAAACGGAAGGACAAAUCGACACCCUAUUGUACCGAUUAAAUAGCGCUAAUGAUAUAAUCAGACAUAUGAAGCAAGAAUUGAGGAAUAAGGAUGCGUUACUAAAUCAGCGUACAAUGGAUAAACAAAGAGUGAAGGAAAAAUAUAGCACUAAAAUUCAAGCAGAGGCCGAUAAAAUGAGCAAAGAAUUGGAAAGUAAACUUCGCCGACAACGUGAACUGCUUCAGAAUCAAAUGAAAGGAGCAGAAGAUAAAUUAAACUUAGUCAAACAGAUACUAAUAAAUGACGAUAAAAUUGAUAACGGAGGAAAAUUGGAAUCUAAAGAAACAAUCUCACCAACAACAGAUGACACUGCAAUUCCUACAACAUCUAAGACUAGUAUACUUGCACCAACUACUGCAAUAGAAACCACCACUUCUACAACUACACCAAAAAAUAGUGCAAAAGUUGCGUCUACCGUUACCUUUGAGGACAGUGGUGAUAUUCGGUUAAGUAGAAAAGAAAGAAUUCCAGUAGUGAAUCUGCGGUAUAGACGAUCUCAAAGUGCAGAAAGGUGGGUUGAUCAUCGGCCUCCUGGUUUAGUUCCAGUUGGAACCAUUCUCCAACCGUUUAUUCGACAUAAACGAAGCGUUACGCAAUUAACUGAUCCAAAAGAUAUAACAGACAGAGCAUCCAAAUAUUGUCUAGUUGCACAGGAACAGGAUACGGAUGGUGAACUCGAAACUAAACUAUAUAAAGGUGAUAUAUUACCAACUAGUGGAGGAGGCGCACAAGUUGUAUUCAAUGACCUGGAAUACUUGAAACAAGUAUCACCUGUUGCAAGAAGAAAACGCAGCAGUUACUUGUCCCCAGAACCUAAAGAUUUCUCUUCUCAAAAAGAUUGCUGUGAAUCAGAAGAAAAGAAUUUGAAAAAACUUCGUGUCUAAUUUAUUAGGCAAACUUUUAUACGUAUUAUUUUGCUUUCAAAAUAUUCUCGAUUUCUUUUAUAGAUAAAUUUAGAUACAUAAUAUAUAUGUAGGAACCAAAGACGCGAAGAGAUGAAAUUCUCUUUGAUAUCCUAUGCAAUAACUAAAGUACAAAUAAUUUACAUGAAUAUUCAGCAUAUUUUUGUUUAACUUAAUGACAAAAAUA